AUGUAUAAUUGGCCGAUUCCUUUCCUGCAGCAGCUCGCCACCAGCCACGAAGUGGUGAUUUUUGACAACCCUGGCGUUGGCAACUCCACGGCAAAGGUCGCCAACAUCACCAUCCCCUACAUGGCCGAUGCAACGCUGGGACUUAUCAAGGCGCUGUCGCUGUCCGCGCCUGUCGUGCUUGGCUACUCGAUGGGAGGCACGAUUGCGGCGACCGCAGCGGUGACCAAAGGCAGCAGCCUCUCACACAUUGUCAUGUUGUCCUCUACUGCUGGUGGGGCAGCGACUUGGUUUGACCCGAUCACAAAUGGCAGCAUCCUGAGCUUCCCAAUUCUGGGCAAAAGGAAUCCCAAUGCGUUCGUUGACCUUAUCUAUCCAGCUGGCAAGGAUGAUAAGGCGCUGUGCGAGAACCUUGCUGCAAGUGCCGCGUUUGCCAAGGCUGGUCUGCACAUCGCGGCCAUUUCGCCCAAGACUCUGGACCAGCAGCUGAUUGCCCUGGACAACUACUUCCGUGGGCCAACCGCUGCCUACCCCAAACUUCGUGGGGUCAGCAACAAGUUCAUGUACGUGCACGGCAGUCUGGACCAUGCGUUGCCCGUCCGGAAUGCAUACCUCAGCGCAGCACAGACGCCUGCGGCUGAUGUCGUUGUCGUCGAUGGCGCUGGGCACGCAGUGCAAGACCGUGAUCCCAUCGGCACAGCCAAUCUGGUUUUGGACUUCAUCAAGCGUGCUCCGGCCAAAGUGGACAAGCGCGUUCAGAAAGGGCAGUUUGGUGGUGUCGCGUAUGGCAGCAAGGCGUAA